ACGCAGGUGACCGCGCCCGCCCGCCCGCAUCCGCUAGCCGGCGCUCAGUCGCGAGGGAGGAUAAAAAUCCGCCGCGUCCGCCUCCACCCACCGCGAAGCUCGCUUCUCCGAAUCCCCCCUUCGCCUUGCGAGGGGGCGGAGGGGGUGUACACAGCCACCGGCCAUGGAGAAGGCGGGGCGCCACCACCAGAUCAUGGCCGGCGGCGGCGGCGGCGGGAUGAAGAAGGUGGGGCCGGCCGCGGCGCCCGCGAUGGGGCUGCAGAAGCAGAACUCGUGGUCGCCCGACAUCGAGCGCGACGAGGCGUGGGAGCGGCGGCGCCGCGGGAUGCGCCGCGGGGGAUCGGCGCUGCGGCGCGUGCGGAGCGUCACGGACGACGACCUCGACGAGCUCCGCGGCUGCAUCGAUCUGGGGUUCGGCUUCGAGCCGCCCGCCGCCCGGACCGGUUGCCCGGCGUGCGGCGGGGCCGGGAGGAGCCGGCUCCUCGAGACGCUCCCCGCGCUCGACCUCUACUACGCCGUCCACGGCGGCGGUGGCGGCGGCGCGGAGGGGUGCUCGUGCGGCGCCGCGUCGGAGGUGUCUUCCGAGGAGUCGCCGCUCGGGAGCCCCAUGUCCAUACUCGCUCCAGGCGACACGCCGGAGACGGUGAAGAUGCGGCUGAAGCAGUGGGCGCAGGUGGUGGCGCUAUCCAUGCUGACCCGCCACUGAACAACUCAUGGACGGCCAUGCCGUCGCCGCCGCUAGCUUGCAUUGGGAGGAGAGAGAGGAAAAAAAAUCAUUCGAGAUGCAGAAGAAAGGAAUCCCCGCCAGCCUCGGAUCAGAAAAAGGAGGAGAAGAAAAGAAUUUCUGUUACUAGGGUUUGGUGGGCCGCCGCCUUCCACCCUAUCCUAUCUUGGACGCCUUGCUAAUCAACUUUCUUUCACCGUGAUGAUGAUUCCGUUUCUGUUCAUGCUAAGAUAAAAAUUACGCUUAAUUACUUCGGUUAAUCCCCUUGCUUCCCCUAAUGCAUAGUGUUUUCUCAUCUGUAUGUACAUGAUUUCUUUCAAGAGGUAGAUUAAUUUAAUUUUCUUCUCGAAUAA